UAAUAUUAUAGAAUUUGUAUUUGAAAAAGAAAUUACAAAAUCUAUUGAUUUUUUAGAAAAAAGAAAAUUUUUAGAACAAGAAAUUUACAAGUUAUUAAUUAGUCAAUGUAAAAACGUUAGAUAUUUGGAUUGGAAUACUUCUCUACCUUUACAAUCAUUUCCAGGAGCUCAAACAUGUUUCUCUCAACUUUGUAGUAUAGAUGUUAAUCUAAAACACGUAAAUUCCAAUAAUCUUUAUGAGUUGGCACAGAUUUGCAGAGAUAUCAAAAUGUUAAGUAUUAAUAAUUAUUCUCAAGAUAUCCCUGGAUUAAUUUCUUUAAUUGAUGCACAGAGAGACUUACAAGGUGUAACAUUUAGUUCUCAUAAUAUGAAAAAGAAAGGAAAUUUUAAAGAACUAGGUAGAGCAAUAGCAAGAAAAAGUUGUACAAUUAAACAUCUUACUUUAUAUAAUUCAAUUGGUGUUAUUUCACAUUCAUUCUUAACAUCGUUAAUUAAUCUAACCUAUUUAAUGGUUAGUAAUAAUGGUGGAAUUUAUGAUGAAACUAAAGAAAUUGUUGAAUUUAAAAAAUAUUUAGAAAAUUCAAAUUUUCCAAAUCUUUGUUCUCUUGAAAUGGGCAAUAAUUUAUCAUGCUUUAAGGAAUUGGCAAUAUUAAUUGAAAAAACCAAAGGAGAGAUUGAGGAUGUUCAAGUGUUUUGUAAUUUUGCUGAUAAUACAGGAAUAUUAGUUCAAGCCAUUUCUAAUCGUUGUCCAAAUAUACAGUUCUUAUCUACAUAUAUUGGCAUUAACGACUUGAUUUAUGUUGAAACAUUAUUAAAGAAUUGCAAAGGUUUAGUACGUUUAUAUCUUGAUAAUGCGGAUGAAAUUAACGAUAUAGGAGAUAAAUUACUAGGCAUUUUAGCAAAAUUUUCUCCAGAAUCUUUAACUAAUAUAGGUAUUAGUGGAAACUGGAAAUAUACAAUUGAUGCUUUUACAAAUUUUCUUGAGAGUUAUAGGGGACGAAAACUUACUAGUUUUGAUAUCAAUGGUUAUUAUGGGGAACCUAUGGUUGCUAUUACAACAGAACAUAUAAAUGUUAUUAGAAAGUACUAUAAUGAAGAAAUAGUAGAAAGUUCGAAUAUUUUGGAUUCUUAUUCAUAUUAAAUUUAGAUACUUUUAGUUAACUUUAAAAUAAGUGUAAGAUAAAGAUGUGCAUUUUUGAGCUUUCGAACCUAUUAUUUCAACGGAUAUAACGAAAGUUCAUUACGUUAAUGGGUUGAACAAGGCUGAAGAAAAAUUUUGAGCAAGCCUUAAAAGAUAAAGUAAAAAAUGAAAGUACGAUAUGUUAUCGGAUAUGUAUGAUUUGUAUUCAUAAUUUUAGUAUAUAACUUAUGUACAUGAUUUUUAUAUAUAUAUAACUUAAAGUA